UAGCAAUUUUUUGACGCAAAGGAAAAAGGUAAUUCACAAAGAGGAUUUGUGGAAUGUAAUGUUCAACUAUUGCUUUUGUUCUUCAGAACUCCUCCCAUCCAGCUUAUAGCUACAGAUGUCACCAGGAACUAAACCCAAACUGAUCAUAGUGCAUGUGAACCUCUCAUGCUGUGUUGUGUCAGAACAAAUUCCUGCUUGACACUCUGCUAUAUCAUUUUUCUCUUGUAUAUAUAGGCACUGUUUUCUCUGGUGCUUCCUGAUACAUUAUCAUGGAAGUAGACUCUACACUUUGUCUGUCUCUUGAGUAGAGUGGGAAUUCAGAGACCCAUUACCCUAUCUGCUGCUGGUUUUUUGGAAACUGAGGGAUGGACUAUCAAUAGCCAUCUUAACAUUCUUGUUAUUUUCAAUGGCUUUGUCCCAUUCCCCCCUUCUAUUUAUUAUUAUUAUUAUUAUUAUUAUUAUUAUUAUUAUUAUUAUUAUUAUUAUUAUUAUUAUUAAAAUGUCCAUACCACCCUUCAUCCAAGGAUCACAGGGCAGUUUACAAUAUAAAAACCCAAAACAUAGUAACAAACAAAACAACACACGCCAGUUUAAAAAGCCAUAGAAUGUCUAAUUAGCCUUGAAUUCUUGAAAAAGCAAGUAUUUUUUCUUUAUUUAUCUAUCCAUUUAAGAAACCUUAAAUGGAGCAGGAGGACACCUUAUAUUAAUGUACUUGAGUGUAUCACUAAUUACCACCAUUCUUUUCAAAUACAUCCCAUUAAAGUUCCUGUUCACCUGUUCCUUCAGUUCUUUAAAUAAUCCCCAAAGUAGCCAGAAAUCUUCAAGACAGAUUAGCUGGGUAUUGUUAAUACCUCUUGGGCUUUGAAGAUGCUCAAACUCAGGACAAAAGAGAGAAAUGUACUGAGAGGAAGGCACGCUUGGCAAACCCUCACCAUGAUCGAAUCCCGCCCAGAAACCUACAUGUGCUGUGGAAAGACAUGUGGAUCCAGAAUUGGCCUACACAGUCACUUACAGACUCACUGUUAAAACCAUGUUUAUGGAAGACCAUCCUACUUGGCUAUGAGUGAUUGCCAAAGAAGAAGAAUACCUCCAUUUGAAAGACAGUCACUUUUGUCAUGGGUUGGGAGCCUAUGGGUCUCCCAUUGUUGUUGAACUCCAGCUCUCCUCACUCCCAUCUAUCAUGGCCAAUAGGUAGGGCGUCCCUGUAGGGGCCAAAGGUUCCUCAUGCCUUUGUUAAGAUAGCUGCUUUGCAUUUGCGCUGGGAGCCAAGUAACUAGAUUCCUACUAAAUAAAAGAUAGUGUAGGAUUAAUCACUCCACAAAUUCCCAGUAUUUUUGCCAUUUUCUUUCUGAGGGCUUGGGUCAGAUUAAAAUGUAUUUUGAUUCUCAUGCUGUGUUCCGUUGGUUAAAUUGUUCACUUAGGCCAGUGAACAGAGCUACAAUUUAACUUGAAUCUCCUAUACUCACCGCCUGCCUCUCGUAUCCCACUGCUUUUUCAGCAGUGCUGCAUAAGAGUAAUUGGUUGCAUCCUUUGCGUUCUCCAUAGCCUGUAAAUGAAUGUGUUGUAACAAAUGAAAUGUUGCCAAGAGACCCCUGCUGAAACCACCACCCUGAUCCCAUCACCUUCCUUUAGUUCAGUGAUGGCGAACCUAUGACACACUUGUGGAAAUGCAGAGCUCCCCCCCCCCAAUUUGUUCUCCUGCUCCUCCUACAGCUUGUCUCCACUGUUGCUGGUAGCCAGAGAUUGUUUUUUUAACCCUUUUUGUGCUGUUUUUCUGGCGCUUUGGCAGACUAUGAUUGGGUGUAACAGCGUUCAUUUUUUAACCUGUUCUGUGCUGGGGGUUUUUGGCGCUUUGGCAGACUAUGUCGGUGCUGCGUGUUAGUUCCAGCGAAGGUAUUAUUCGCCAUUUAUUUCUGUUCUCUUCCCCCCCCCCAAAAAAAGCGCAGCAGCUUUGGGGCAUCCUCCCCCAAAAGCAAAGCAACUUUUUGCACCCCCCCAAAAAACCUCCAAAACUUUGGUUAGCAACUCCUCCCAAAAAGCUCAGCAACUCUGGGCACUUUAUGAUAAAUAAGGGGUUUUUGGUUUGGUUUGGUUAAAUACAGUAAUUAGUUUUUGGCUUAUUAAAUACAGUUAUAUAUUACCAUUAUACAUUUUUGUUAUUUAAACUAUAAAUAUCUUGAAAUUAUGGUGUUUUUCUCUUGAAGUGACACACCACCUGAGUUAUGCUCGGUUUUUUGGCGAAUUUUGACACACCAAGCUCAAAAGGUUGCCCAUCACUGCUUUAGUUCUUCUGCUGCUUCCAGGGGAUUGACCUUCCGUUGAGAAAAUGUGUUGAGGGAGAUGCACACACCAGUAUGACUCGUUAAAUUGUGCAGAGUUGUGGGUGAGAAGCAUGAGCUUAUCUGAUAUAUAUAACACCAGGUUCCCUCACAGCGGGGGACUAUGCCACAGAAUGGAGAUUGGGGUCUGCGGCUAGGAGCGAGUUUUAUUCCCAGUAGCUGGUGUUCGAGCUUCUGUGUAAUUGCGUUUUUGCCACAUGUGCAGUUUCCCCUCCUCCCAUCACAUUGCGUUUUACUCUCGCCAUUCCAAGCAGCUUGCGGCAGGGCAGCGUGCAACUAGCGUGGUUCUCACGUACCUAGCAACCCUGCAGGGCAGCUGAAGUGAGUGAAUAGUUAUGAUAGAAAAAGAAGCAAAACUUUGUUGUUGGGGUUGCUUUUGUUAUGGGCAGGGCGAGAGACCCCGAUACAGUCAGUUCUCAGUGAUGGGGAUCCUGCGCGUCUCACAGGGAUCACACACAGCGCCGUCGAUCCCUCAGCUGUGGUGAAAACAAGCCUCUCCUUUGCGUGUACUGUAUCUUUAAGUUUAGUCGCCUGCCUGUAAAAAAAAGGAUCGGCAGGGCUUUUCCAGGGGGAACCGCGAGCAGAGGCAUGACUCUGUCCCCGCCCCCUCUCCCCGUCCGGCCAAUCGCUGUCGGCGCCGCCCGUGCGCUGUGGCCGCCCUGCUGUACCGGGACGAGCUCCUCUCGGGCUGCUUCGGGGAAACUUUGCGGGGCUUCCAGGGCGAUGGCUUCCAGAGCGGAGCGAGCGGAAGAGGCGCCUCCAGCGGGGUCGGGUUCUCUCGGAGCCCUGUACCAGGAGCUGAGCCGGUUUCCUCGCGUGACUUAUGCCAGCGUAGGAGUCGGGUUUGCUGCCUGCGGCGGCGCCAAGUGCCUGCCCCUCUACACGGAGUGGUGCCAGCCUGACCUGGGGCACCGUCAGAAGCUGCAUUUCAGCCGUCAGUAUAUCCUACACCACAAUGGCAGAGCAGUUGUCUCCGUUACUCCUGUUGGCAUUCCAGCUGAGAUCCGGGACCAAUUGCUGAUCAGAAUGUCACCCACUGGGACACAUAAGGCUGUUUUCACCCAUCACUUGGAAAUGGGGCAGAAGCAGGAAGUGAUAGAGGUCUGGAACAAGAGUGGAAGGGCGAGAAGCAUUAAUCUCACGGCACUGGAUAAACAUGGCAGAGUAUACACAGAUGAGCAGUUUGGUUGUGUUGCCUGGUCCAGCACAGAAACACAGAUCCUUUAUGUCGCUGAGAGAAGACGCCCCAAAAGGCAACCACUUUUCCCUCAAGCCAGGUCCCCCCAAGGAGAGGAACCAGGUGAAGCAAGAAAGGAGGAGCACUUUGUAUACUAUGACAAUUGGGGAGAGGCACUGAGUGAUAAAAGCUUCCCUGUCUUGUGUGUGGUGAAUGUUGAAACCAGUGAAGUUUCAGUGCUAGAGGGCAUCCCAGGGCAUAUCUCCCCUGGACAGGCCCUGUGGUCCCCAGACGACAAAUGUAUACUGUUCGUUGGCUGGUGGCACGAGCCCUUCAGACUGGGUUUGAAUGCUUGCUCCAACAGAAGGUCAGCCCUUUUUCUCUUCGAUCUCUCUGAAAGUAGCUGCGAGUUGCUGUCCUCAGAUUCUGAGGCUGUUUCCUCUCCCCGGCUCAGCCCUGACGGAACUCGCCUGCUUUACCUUGAGUGCCCUGUAUUUGGGCCUCAUCGCCAGUGUUUGAAGCUACAGAUGCUCAAUUGGCAAACUAAGCUCACAUCUACAGUGGUGGACGUAGUCAGGGCUGCCACAUCUGGUUUUUUUGGGAUUUACUCAGGGGCACUACCUCUGCUUUGUUGGGCUGCUGACAACCAUAGAGUCCUGCUUAGCACUCCUCAAAGGAGUAGGAAGGAGCUGCUGGUUGUGGAUACUGAGCUAGGGAGUGUGAAGGCUGUUACAGAAGGCACUCCAGAAGGUAGCUGGACCCUGCUGGGAAUUCAGGAGGAUCUCCUGGUGGUGAGCUGCUCAUCUCCCAAUUGCCCUCCAAGCCUGAAGGUGGGAGUGCUUCCCCCUGCAGGAUGUGAGCUGGAACUGCAGUGGACGAGUGUGGAGGAAGCGUCUGUACUGCCAGAUAUGGAAUGGAAGAUUCUCACAGUACAUCCUCCUGUGACUGAGGACAACCAAUACAGUAAGGAUGCAGGAACAGGGAGCUUCAGGCCAGCUGGCCAGGCAUUUGAAGCCCUGUUGCUGACUCCUCAAGGGAACAAACGAGGAGAAGAAACAUUUCCCCUUAUUGUUUCUCCACAUGGUGGGCCGCAUGCUGUAUUUGAUGCUUGUUGGCGUCCUAAAAUGGCAAGUCUCUGCCAGUUGGGUUUUGCUGUGCUCAUGGUGAAUUACAGGGGUUCCCUGGGCUUUGGGCAAGCCAGCAUCGAGUCUCUAAUCUCCCGUGUGGGAGUGCAAGAUGUGGAGGACACUAAGCUGGCAGUGAAUUUGGCAUUACGGACAGAACCUCUGGACCCAGAUAGAAUUGCUUUGCUGGGAGGGUCUCACGGUGGCUUUGUCUGCUGCCAUUUGAUUGCCCGAUACCCAGAGAUGUGCAAAGCCUGUGUAGUCAGAAGCCCUGUCAUCAACAUGGCCACUCUACUGGGGACCUCUGACAUCCCUGACUGGAGGUAUGCAGUGCUAGGUCUGCCAUACUGCUUUGAGAGGAUUCCUGCUGAGGAAGACCUGACUGCCAUGCUGCUCUGCUCCCCUAUAAUUCAUGCUGCAAAGGUGCACACACCAUUAUUGAUGUAUGUGGGUGCUAGGGACCGGCGAGUGUCUCCAUACCAAGCUCUGGAAUAUUAUCGUGUGCUGCGAGCCAGAGGUACCCCUGUGCGGCUGUUGUGGUACCCAGAAGAGAAUCAUGCUAUAAGUGGAAUGGAGGCUGAAGCAGAUGUCUUUAUGAACAGUGCACAGUGGAUUAUGCAUUACCUUUCUAAGGAAGCGGACCCUGAAAGUCAGCAGCCAGCUGAGAAAUAAAGGAACUCAAAUAUUAAGAAGCAGUCAGCCUGUGGAGAUACACACCAUGCCACAUGAAGAUUGCCAGAUAGAAUAGAUCAGGGGUCAGCAAACUUUUUCACAGGGGACCGGUCCACUGUCCCUUAGACCUUGUGGGGGGUCAGACUAUAUUUUGAAAAAAAGAGAGAAAAGAACAAAUUCCUAUGCCCCACAAAUAACCCAGAGAUGCAUUUUAAAUAAAAGGACGCAUUCUACUCAUAAAAACACACUGAUCCCACAGACCAUCCGCAGGCCAGAUUUAGAAGGUGGUUGGGCCGGAUCUGGCCCCUGGGCCUUAGUUUGCCUACCCAUGGAAUAGAUCUAGCCUUUGUAUCCCUGACAGGAGUCCCUUUCCUAUUUCAGUGUAUUCUUGGUCUUAAAAGAUGUGCUGCUGGUGCCUUGGAAGCAGCCUUGUACAGAGUCAAACCAUUGACCCCUGCAGCCCAGUACUGUCUAUGUCAGGCAUCCCCAACCUUUGGCCCUCCAGAUGUUUUUGACUACAAUUCCCAUCAUCCCUGACCACUGGUCCUGUUAGCUAGGGAUCAUGGGAGUUGUAGUCCCAAAACAUCUAGAGGGCCGAGUUUGGGGGUGCAGCUCUCCAGGAUGUCAGAUUGUGGGCAUUUCCAGCCCUGUCUGAAGAUGCUGAGGAUUCAAGCUAGGACCUUCUGCUUGGGCAGAUGUUUUACCACUGUGCUACGAUGCAGGUCCUUUUCAGAAAAUCUGCAGCAAACAGUCAACUGUCUAAUUGAACUUAACUCUCGUAGCAAAGCUGACGUCUUAAGAAUUUGUAUUGCUGUUUAUAACUACAAGGCAGUAUGGGUAGUGCUUAUUUAUUUAUUUAUUUAUUUACAGGGCACUAGAUCUUGGAAUAAUAGGUGCUAAAAAAAACAGCAACACCUCAACCUUCUUGUUUUUAUUGUUAUAUGUACUAAGCUAUACAUAACCAAACUGGUCCCUGAGGAAAUUUAAUGCCAUAUAAGAUUAUAGCUUCAAGAUUGUGGUAUGCAAAAUACGUGGGGAACACUGAUAUACCAACAACAACAACUAUGUCACAGUGAUUACCCUAAAUGUAGGAAUAUACACCAAUGGCAAAGCUUAUGAGUUUUAUAAGGAUGAAAGAAUGAAGGGCAAAAAUUUACAGGUCCGCCCCCCAAAGAUUGGAAAAUGUUUGUUGAUUAUUGGCAUAAUAAAGCAAUACUUCAGGAGAUACUAACACCUUUAUUUGACAUGCUAUAACAAGAAAAAAGAACAACAAAUAGGUUUAAAAGCUAACACAUUUAUGCAUGUAAUGCUAUCCUGAGUGGCAAGUGCAUAUAUAAAUAUUUUGGGUGUAGAGAUUGUAAAAAGUGAGGUCAGAGGGAAAUGAAAUGUGCAAAACCUCCGACGGUGAGAAUUACGUAUUUAGCAGGUGUAAUUUACAAAACAGUUUUUGAUGUCACAGAUAUUUUUGCAUUGGUAAGUAAUUACAAUGUGCUAAGAAUUUUCUUCCGCUGUUCCGUCAACAAAUAUAGCAAUAAAAACACCUUGAUGUGUAUUGUAAUUUAGUGGUUUCACAUUGCAGUGUCUCUAUGAAGCUCCUUUGCUACAGGGUGACUCGUCAAAUUUAUUUACACAGUGUACUGGACAGUUAAAAUGCAUAUUGCCAUUUCUGAUGUCCGAUUUUUGUCCAUUUCUUAUUUUGCAUAGAGACUGCCCUAUGUAAAAUGCAGAAGGGCAUAACUGGCAGAUGGCAUAUAUCACAUGAAGAGGAAAAUCAAUUGUGAGUAGAGUUUCAAGACUGUAUGCAAAAUGUUUGGAAAAGGCAAGAAGCAUGACAUAGUGAGAAUUCAAAAUGCAGGAAAAUGCAGUAAUGGCAAAACUUAUGAGUUUAUUCAACUGAAACAAGGGAGGCAAAAAUUUAUUCAAGAAGAAAAUGUUUAUGGAUUAUUGGCAUAAUAAACCACAUCAGUAAAUAAUAAGACUUUUAUUUUACAUGCUGUAACAAACACGAACAGUGAAAAGUCCUAAGGCAGAAAAAAAUGUAUGUACAAUUAUUCUGAGUUGCAAAGGUGUGUUUGUGUGUUGGUGUGGUGAUUGUAAAAAGUAAGAUCAGAGGACAUGAAAUGUGUAAAACUUUGGACAGUCAUAAUUACAUGGUUAACAGUGGUAAUUCCCAAAACAAUUUUUUAUGAUGCAGAUAUCAUGGCACUGUUAAGUACAAGUAUAGGUAUGUUGUUUCUUGGGAAGAGCUGCUCAAGAUCAGGAGGUGCCUGUAAACAUCACGUUCUUUUUGUUUUUGCUUUGCUAUUUUCUAAUCUGGGUCUCUCCUUAGGCUGUUCUUACAGUGAGGGUGGAAAGUAUUUGAUCCCUUGCUAAAUUUGCCCGUUUGCCCUCUGACGAAGAAAUGACCAGUCCAUAAUUUUAAUGGUAGGUUUAUUGUAGCUGUGAGAGACAAUAACAGCAGGAAAAACCCCAAAAACCCAGAAGACAAAAGUCAGAGAUUAAUAUGCAUUAUAAUGAGUGAAAUAAGUAUUUUAUCCCUUUGCAAAAGAUGACUUAGUACUUGGUGGCAAAACCCUUUGUUGGCAAUUACAGAGGCCAGAUGUUUCUUGUAGGUGGCCACCAGGUUUGCACACAUCUCAGGUGGUAUUUUGUCCCACUCCUCUAUGCAGAUCCUCUCCAAGUCAGUAAAAUUUCGAGGCUGAUGUGUAGCUCCCUGAACCUUCAACUCCCUCCACAGAUUUUUGAUGGAAUUGAGGUCUCCAGGGCUUUAAUGUGCUUCUUCUUGAGCCACUCCUUUGUUGCCUUGGCCGUGUGUUUUGGAUCAUUGUCAUGCUGGAAUACCCAUCCUCAACCCAUUUUCAAUGCCCUGGCUUAGGGAAAUCGUCAAAUUACCCAAGAUUUGAUGAUACAUUGUCCCGUCCACCAUCCCUUCGAUGCGGUGAAGGUGUCCUGUCCCCUUAGCAGAAAAACACCCCCAAAGCAUAAUAUGUCCUCCAUGUUUGACAGUGGGGGUGAUGUUCUUGGGGUUGUAGGCAGCAUUCCUCCUCCUCCAAACACGGCGAGUUGAGUUGAUGCCAAAGAGCUCGAUUUUGGUCUCAUCUGACCACAACACUUUCGCCCAGUUCUCCUCUGGGUCAUUCAGAUGUGCAUUGGCAAACUGCAGACGGGCCUGUGCAUGUGCUGUCUUGAGCAAGGGGACCUUGCGGGCUCUGCAAGGUCUCAGUUCUUCACGGUGUAGUGUGCUACCAACUGUUUUCAUGGUGACUACGGUCCCAGCUGCCCUGAGAUCAUUGACAAGUUCCCCCCCCCCCGUGUAGUUCUGGGCUGCUUCAUCACCGUUCUCCUGAUCAUUGCAACUCAGUGAGCAGAGAUCUUGCAUGGAGCCCCAGACCGAGGGAGGGUGACAGUUAUUUUGUGUUUCUUCCACUUGUGAAUUAUUGCACCAACUGUUGUCAUGUUCUCACCAAGCUGCUUGGCAAUAGUCUUGUAGCCCAGUCCAGCCUUGUGCAGGUCUACAAUCUUGUCCCUUACAUCCUUGGACAGCUCUUUGGUCUUGGUCAUGGUGGCUAGUUUGGAAUCUGCUGAAUGAUUGCUUCUGUCGACAGGUGUCUUUUGCACAGGUACUGUAACGAGCUGGGAUUACAGGUAAGACCUCUCCCUUACAGCAGGUGCUUCUAAUCUCAGCUCGUUACAUACAGUGAAGAUACCAGGUAGCCUGACAUCUGGCUGGUUGAUAGGGGAUCAAAUACUUAUUUCACUCAUUAUAAUGCACAUCAAUCUCUUGACUUUUGUCUUAUGGGUUUCUGGGGUUUUUCCUGUUGUUAUUCUGUCUCUCACAGCUACAAUAAACCUACCAUUAAAAUUAUGGACCGGUCAUUUCUUCGUCAGAGGGCAAACGGGAAAAUUUAGCAGGGAAUCAAAUACUUUCCGCCCUCACUGUAUAUGCCUUGACCAAUGAGCCUGAACGGAUGCAGCAUGCUUCAUUUUAAUGAAAGGAAGUCACUGACUUAGGGGGAGGAAGCAAGGCUGCUUGUGACUGGGGCAAGGUGGGCCAGGAGUCUUUAACCACUCAUCAUCCCCCAUCCCAAUCAGAACCACAAUGGGAGGAGAUCUGCUGUUGGCAUCAAUAGGCCCUUUCUUCCCGUGGCAAAUGGCAGGGAUGAUAGGAUGGGUCAAUAGGAUGGAGAAAACAUGCACACUCUACUCCUGACCAGGCUUGGGGGCCCCUGAGCUAGCUCUUCACAAAAGGCAACACCUAAGAAUGGUUAAGGUUUUGUUCUUGGAAGCAUCCUGGCAGCUGCCUGCUUGAGCUUGGGAUUCACCAACACCAGGAGGGCAGCCUGCACAGGAGAGUACAUUAGAAUUAUUGCUACACACACUGAAAUGCCAACUGUAUCUUUGAUAAUAUAGCCAGUUAAAAAUAAGAUCUUUGCCACGUAAAAAGAAAUGGAAAGGAUCAGCAGGAGGAGCACUGUCCCAGCUGCCUUGGUGUGAGUGUCUGUUUGGAGGCUCCUAACAUUGGAUUCUUUCCCAGUCACUUUGUAGACGUGUCUGUAGAGUGAGGCUGCAACCAUGAUUGAGCAAGGAAAAGCUAUCAGGAACGGGCAGCCACAACCAGUGAUCAAAUAGAAGAUUUUGAAAUUUGUAGCAAGAUCAAGCUCUGUCCUGUCUUGCGUCAUGUUUGUAAUGCUUCUCUGGGGUUUAAUGUACAAAUUCUGCACUGCAAAGAAGGCAACAAGCAAGGAAAUGGCUUGAGAUCCCCCAAGAAGCCAAGGUACUAUCCGUGAUAUCAUCAGCUUGCACCAAAGGAAAAGGGAGCAGUUGUUGUUAACUAUCUUGAGAUAAUAGAAGAGGCAGAGCCAGGCAGUAAGCCAGAAUCGGGAGAAUGCGAGAAAGCUUCCAAUGAACUGGCUUAUUUGUAAAGUUAAGUAGCUGCUAGAGCCAGGGAAGAAGUAGUAAUUAAUUAAACAUGGAGACAUAACACCAGAGAAGCCAAUAUUGGACAUACCUAGGGACAGAAGAAGUUGUUCUCUAGCAUCAAUUUUCCUGCUUUUAGCCCACUCAGUGACUAUCACUGCAGCAAUAAAGCCAUUGGAGAUGAGCCCACCGAUGGCCAGGACAGCUAGAGACGCCAGAAAGGCAAUAAACUGAAGAGAAGGCAUCUCUCCGUCUCCUUGCAGAUUACUGUACCAGGUGGCCUUUCACCGAUCCAAAGUUGCUGCACUGAGAUGGAGCGUGCAAGUGAGACAGAAUAUCUGCAGCAUCCUUAUGAAUGACACGGGAACUAUGCAAAUGAACUAUGAAACCAAACUAUAAAUUAAUGAGACUCCCCGGCUGCUCAUUUCCAUAAUGCCCCUAUCUGGCAUAGUGGUGUGGACAGAAACUGUAUCAGAGGGCUGCCUGUCACUCCACUUUGUAUAAAUUGUGUGUGUGUGGGGGGGGGUGUGUGCUCCAUUUUGCCGGCCCCAUGAAUAAGAAAGCUUACCACAGGCAACUACUUAGCAGUGGCCCAGAGUUUAUGUAAAGAAUAGGAGGAGCUGGAAAUACUACUUUUGAAAGACAGGAGAACCCACCUCUGAAAUAUUCCAGCUGGCUUGUUUGUCCUCAGACCCUCCUGCUUCUGGUUCACAGAUCUCUGCAGCCUUUUCUUUUAUUGAAUCCCAGAUUAUAGGCAAAUGCUUCUUCCAAGCCAUCUCAUGCCUCAAAGUAAAAGCUAUCUGCAGUUAUUUCCAAUGCAGUUUUCCCUUCCUUUGCCUGCUAUUACUUUUUUCACUGUUCUUUAAAAACAAAUCAAUGCAAGCUCAAAUUGCAGUGUGUAACAACCACGAUAGCAGACUUAGCUCAGAGAUCCAGCUGCACUCAUUUUUCUAUUGCACAUUCUUUGCUGCUGCUUAAUUCCACUCCAUCUCUGUACUAACCCAGUAUAUUUAUAACGUAGAAGCUAUUUUUAAUACUACCCAAUACUUUUGUUUCUUCCAAAAGUAUAGGUCGACAGCCGAGGUGUGUGAGAAGGAAGUGUCAUUCUCCAGACUUGGGUGUCGAUAACUGAUGAAAUGUGUGAGUGAUUUCAUUUGGGGGCUGUAAGUGGCAAAAUAUGUUUGUUUGUUUUUGCACUAGGGCAUCUUUUGGGCAUCUGUUUUGGGCAUCUCUUUGGGCAUCUGCUUUGUUUUGCUGUAUUAGAUGGGCAUUGUACUUUGAGGAAUGCCUGGUGUAAGUUGUUAAGUAGUGUGUGCUUAUCCCGUGAUCCUAAAGAGAUAUAGCAGGCUUCGUUUUUUAAAAGUAGCUGGCAUGUGGAGGGGGUGGGGAGAGAAGGCUGGUUGUGACUCUGGCAAGGAGGGCAGGGAACUUUAACCAUUAAUCCUUCCUUUUCCCGAUCAGAAUCGCAGUGGCAGGAUAGCACUGACUGGAACCAAGAGGGGCUUUCCCCACAUUGCAAGUAACAGCCAUGAUAAGAGCAGGACAAUGCUGAUUGAAAACAUGAGAGCAAACAAAGUGUUACAAUCCUUCCUCCACUUCACACCCUACACUUGACCAGGCUUGGGGCCCCUGAACCAGCUCUUCUUACAAAAUGCAGCAUCUAAGAAUUAUGAAGGCUUUGCUCUUGGAAGCAUCCUGGCAGCUGCCUGCUUGAGCUUAGGAUUCACCGACACCAGGAGGGCAGCCUGCACAGGGGAAUACGAUAUUAUAACUGUUAAACACACUGAAGUAGCAAAUAUAUUUUUUUCAGCUUGUCCACUUAUAAACAAGGUCUCUGCCACAUAAAAAGAAAUGGAAAGAAUCAGGAGGAAGAGCACUGUUCCAGCUGCCUUGACAUGGGCUUCUGUUUGAGGGCUCCUAAAUUUGGAUUCUUUACCUGUCACCCGGCAGACAUGCCUACAGAGUGAGGUUACAACCAGGAUGGAGCAAAGGAAAACUAGAAGAAAAGGACAAACAGUAUUACCAAUUAGAAGCAAGACUUGGAGAGAACUGUGAAACUCAUUCUCUGACUUUCCUUGUGUCACGUUUGCAUCAUUGACUGUUGCGUUGCCCAUGAGAGAAAUAUACCUAUUUUGAAUUGUAAUGAAAGAAUCAAAUGACGUGAUGACGAGAGAGCCCCCAAGAAGCCAGGGCACCAUCCGCGAUAUCCUCAGCUUGCACCAAAGGAAGAGGGAGUGUGUGCUGUUCACUAUCUUGACGCAAUAGAAGACACAGAGCAAGGCAAUGACCCAGAGUCGGAAGAAUAGGCCAAAGGUUAAAAAGAAGUAAUACACACCAAAUAUUACGCUGUCACUGUCACUGAGGUCAGGCUUUAACCCGUAUCUAAUAAAAUAAGCAGUCAGAAUAAAUGUGAAGAAGAUAUUGGACGUACCCAUGGAUAGAAUAAGUUGUUCCCUAGCUGCGAGGGUCUUGCAUUUAGCCCAUUCAAUGACUAUCACUGCAACUACAAAGCCAUUGGAGAUCAGCCCACCGAGGGCCAAGUCAAUUAAAGCCACCAGAAAGGUAAUGAUCUGAGAAGAAGGCAUCUCUCUGGGUCCUUUCAGACUGCUGUACAGGUAAGACUUUCAGCGACCAAAAUUGUUGAGCUAAAGUGGAGAGUGUGAGUGAGUUAGCAGGGCUGCGGCAUAGUUUUUAAUAGGCUGGGAACCAUGCAAACAAAUCAUGUGUAAAUGAAUGGGAUUUCCGGGCUCCUCCUUUCCUUACUGCUUCUAUUUCACAUAGUGGUGUUGAUAUACCAAAGGGCCUCCUGUUGAAUUUGCCUUGAGUGAGGGUGGUACUCCUUUUUGGUGGUUUUGCGAAUAAGAAAGUUAGUGGCCCAGAUUCUACUACUCAGGGAAUAAAUAGCAGGAGCUGGAAAUUCUGCUGUUGGCACCUGGAAGAAACCAGGUCUGAAAGGCUUGCCUUCAGACUCUCUUCAUUCAGCCCACACUUUUUACUGGAUCCACUUUAAAAGCAAAUUCUAUUUCCUUAACAGUAAGUUCGUUUGCAUCUCCAAACUAAAAGCCUUAUGUAGUCCUUUGUGUCAUUCCUUUUGUAGCUGCUCAUUUCUACACCCCCAAUACACUAUUUCUUCUUUAAAAACAGACACAAGAUUCUUAAUACAAGAUGAAAAUCCAGCAUGUGACCAUCAAAAUAGCAGUUAUAGUGGUACCUUGACUUCCGAAUGCCUCGACUUCCGAAGUUCGCUAACCCAGAAGUAUUUUCACCGUGUGCGCAGUCUGCGCAUGCACAGAAGCAGAGCGCGUGGUCUGCGCAUGCACAAAGCGCAAAAUCGCACUUUGUGCAUGCGCAAAAUGGACGCUUCGACUUACGAAGGAUUUGACUUCUGAAGAGCGAAGCGGAAUGGAUCACCUUCAUAAGUCGAGGUGCCACUGUAGUUCAGAGAUCCACCACCACUCAUUUGCUCAUUGCACAGGAUGCAUUUCUGCUGCUGCUUAAAUCCACACCAGCACACCAAUCCAAAAAGCUUAUUCAUAAUGGAGUUUCUAAUACUGUCAGAUGUCUUUGUUUUAUUUUGCAAAAAGACCUCAUCACCUGUGUCAUUCGGAUUAACAAUUUUGACUGUGCUCAAGGUUGUUGCCAUGCCAAAGAUCUGAACUUUUGAGGAGGUGGGAAUCUGUGCUGCUCACAGUUUUGAUAAAAUAGAGGACACACAAAGCCAGGCAAUUGCCCAGAGAUGGCAGAAUAUAUAUAUUUGAGUAAACAGACAUGUAUACUGCCCAAUCCUAUUCAUGCUUGGAAUUUAAUCCUAGUAUAUUCAAUGGGCUUUUUCUAAGGCAAGGACAGAUAAGAUUGCAGCUUUAAUUGAUCAGUUUACCAGUCAAAUCAUGAUAGGGUUUUGUUUCUUUGGUGUAUUAAAAAAGCACACGAGAUUUGCUUGUUGCUGUUUUCCAAAACAGGAAAUGCAAAGAUGUGUCUUUUAUUUAGCACAGUGGUAACUAUAUCUGUUCUCCAUCUCCGAUGAUUCAUCGUCAUCCUGGGGGGAAAGGGACAAAUGGGGUGCCACAGGGUUCUGUCCUGGGCUGAUUAUUGUUGUUCAACGUCUUUAUGAAUGACUUGGAAAAAGACAUUGAGGGGAUGCUCAUCAAAUUUGCAGAUAAACCAAACUGGGAGGGGAAGCUAAAAGACAGAAUUUGGAUUCAAAAUGACCAUGACAGAUUGGACAACUGAGUCCAAACUAAUACAAUGAAUUUCAAUAGGGACAAAUGUAAGGUUCUGCCUUUAGGCAGGAAGAGCCAGCUGCACAAUUAUAAAAUGGGGGUUGGGGGCUCGAGCCCCACGUUGGACAAAAGAUUCCUGCAUUGCAGGAGGUUGAACUAGAUGACCCACGUAGUCCCUUCCAACUCUACAAUUCUAUGAAUAUACAGUAUGUGUAUAUAACCAUAUAUCAUAAAGACACCACAGUCUCCACUGUGCCUCAUUAACAAAAGGAAACACCAACCCUGGGUAAGCGCCUGGCACAUCACUUGGAGAUUAGGGUGUCAUGCAACAAUAUUAUUACUAUACUGUACUAUACUUAGAGCCUUUUUUCCAAUGGAAAAGUAAGUUACCGGUACUUUUUGAGUUCCCAGGCACUGAUAAGGUCAGUCAUGCAUUAAGCUUCAACAAUUUUAGAGCAUCAUGCUUUGCAUUAAGUAUUGCCUGUGCUCUGUUGUUAUCAGUUUCAAAGGCACUUUGAACUGUUUAUUCAACUUUGCACUGUUUGUUGCCCUUCGGAGUCAGGAUUUUAAAAGAGGAUUUCAUUAAUGGUUAAAAAAAAAGUAGGUUACGCAAAGCCUGAAUAAUGAAGCUUUCUUUCAGCCAAUGAAUUCUGACAAAAAGGAAUGAAUUAUUACUAUUAAUUUAUUACAAAGUUCUUUUUAAUGACAUAAUAAUAAUAAUACCAACAGUAUGGAAACUUAUUUUGUAACAAGAAAGACAGACAGGUGGAAGUUCUUAGGAAGUUCUUAGGAAGUUCUCCAGUGCCUUGCUUAGUGAGGGAUGCAAUGACAUGAAGCCUGUGGUGUGGCCUCAGCCUAUAUGACAGUCCCUGGGAGGGAGAGAGGGAACCUUCCUUCAAAGAGAUGGGAAAGUGUGUAAAAGAGCUACUGCAAUGGGGUUGCUGCUGGAGAGAGAAUGACACCAAUAUUAUUUGUUCAAACCUUCUGAAAGUGUGUGUUUCUAUAUGGGAGGUACAUAAACCAAUGUAGAAGCCUGACUCAAAAUGAUUUUUAAACUAAAUACACCUGGGAUAGCUCAAGUUGUAGAGCACGAGACUCUGAAUCUCAAGGUUGUGUGUUUGAGCCC